CCGGCCCUGAGCUGCAGAGGAGGUGGAGGAGCCGAAUUGCUGGAGUCAAGUUUCUCAUAACAGCAAAGAGAAGAAAUCCACCAAGACUCCUUCCAAGGAUAUGCCCAGCUCAGAUCAGGAUUCAGGGACUGCCACACCUGGCUUUUCAGGCACUUCGGGGCUAGUGCCCACCGUGUCAGCUCCCCCAAGCACAAGCACAUCAGCAAGUACCCCAGAUGCUCCGAAAAGCCGUAGAAGAAAAAAACAAACGGUUGUGACAAACAUACUUCAUCGAACAAAACCAGUUCCCCCAUUGGCCAUGUCCUCCAAAACGUGGCUGCAUUCAAUAAAGAAGACAUGCCGGGUGACCGACUGCUUCCUGGCCGAGCUGUCCAAUCCCUCGUCGGACUACGUCAAGUACUUUCAUCUGAAGAAGGAGGAGCUGACUGCCAAGCUAUAUCGCUUAUAUAAUGUCACCAUCUUUAGGGAGCAGUUGCCUGAGGAAAUCAGCAUAACCUGGAACAAGAAGCUUCGUACAACUGCAGGAUACUGUCAUGUUUCAGGCAAGGAAAGUGGUCCACAGUCAUCCCGCGCCAUCAGAAUUGAGCUUUCCGAGAAAGUCUGUGACUCUGCAG